AACACCUACCAGAGGACGUACAGCAUGGUGCUGCAGAGACUUCCUUGACCUUCAUCUCCUGUAGAGCAGGACAGCUUGAAUCAGGACAGGUUUUGUUGAAGUUGAAGCAAAAUGGAAGAGUUUGAAUACAGUGUGGAAAUCUGUGACCGUGACUGGGAGCGCUUCUUUGCAGAGUGCGAGGAGUGUAAUCUGCUUCCUCCAUCGCUAGCAGGUCUCGAAGAUUCGGGGAUGAGUGACAUUGAUGACACGGGGUCUGUUCUUGCCAUGAGGGCUCAGAGAGUCGAUCUAACCGCAGGCUUUUCUGAGACUGACCGCCCUAUCGAUGGGCCGCCACACUGUGAGGGCUCUCCUGUGGAACACUACCUCAGCAAACACGGCAUAGGAGGGAUGGAGAGCGUCCUCUCGGGCAGCGAGGAGGAUAUCCACCUGCAGUCCGUCAAUAUGUUUUUUGAAAGGCUGAAAAGUCUGACAGAGCCUGAGCCAAGCCGAGUGAACUUUGGAAAAAACAGUGAGGCAAUACAAGAGACGGAGCGGUGCAGCGAAGGGCAGCAGGCCAGUAGAGAUGCACUGCCAAAAAACAUCCAAAAGUUAAACUUUCUGCCUGCCAGGGGUGAAACAGCAGUUGGCAAAGAGAGCAAGAGGCCUGUCGACACCAUCAGAAAGACAAACACACUGAGAAAAGUGCACUCUGACCCCAGCAUUUCCUUGCAACAUGCAGCCAGUAACUCAGUACUCAACACUAACAAAUCAACUGAAACUGAGUUAUUCAUCAGAGAGGAAGCCUGCACAGAACCCAGAGUCAGCGACGUACAGCAGUGGAAUCGUGACUCACUGUGCACGGCCGUCUGCUCAGUGACCACACCAAACAAGGUGCAGACAUGCGCACUUCUACAUGACUUUAAAGAGGAAGAAUUGUUGAAACACCUCUGUAAAAAGUGUGCCACUGAUUUAGCCAGUGAUUUGGACAUGGCAAAUAUUAAAUGGCAGGAAGACCAAACUCCUAUUGUUUCACAGUCAGACACAGCAUGUUCAAACAAAGCAGUGAUCCAAGAAUCUCCGUCUGCUUCCAUGAAGAGGAAGAGGAGAAAGAAGAGACGGCUCAGUGUGGAGCAAGGCGAAGGUGGGCACGGAUACGAGAGGCAGGUUUUAGUCAAGCCGAGCGACUCGGAGGAGGAGCAGUGCCCGUCAAAAGCAGGAACAGGUCUCUGCUUUUCUGAGGAUAUCAAGUCGUUUUAUUUAAACGAACCACAGAAAAAUCUCACAUCUCUUCUAACACCAUAUUCAAUGACCAGCAGCAGUUUCCCGGUCAUUAUAUCUUCUAAUCCUCCAUGUGAUAGUCAGCACCAAUAUUUGUCAGAGAGUGUGGGCAGGCAGAGGAGGAGUACAGAUACAUCCGACAAUAAUUCAGCAAACAAUAGCUCAGCGACCACACUGAGUCAAACUGAUGACAGUGCAACGUCUGCACCAAACAGCAGUGCUACUGUGGCAACAAACUCAGAGGUUUGCAGCGAGUCGCAGGAGGAAAAAUCAGCUGGACUGAAAAUGUAUCCUAAACUGUCAGUUUUAAUGACAGUAGGUGAAUAUGGUAAACCAGACAUGGGCAGAGAAAGUCAGAGCGGGGACAUAAAAGUCGAGGGGCGUCACUCCGUCACUUCACCUGAAAAUGAACAGAAUCUCACAUCUGCUGUAGAGGUCAAAGCAGUAACUCAUAGUCUUUUAUCGAGCUCAGAGUCAAAUGCUACUUCUGUGGAAGUCGGCCAAAAUGACAGACAACCCGCCGCUAAGUCAGUCCUGGCUGUGGAGGCUGGAAAUUCUGGCGGGGACGAGCCCACACUGUGUCCCAGUGAGGCUGAGCCCCAACAACAGCUGGAAAAGGAGUUUCACAACACAGACCAAUAUAGCGGCACAAUGGCAAACACCGACUAUUCUCCACCUACAGCCUCGACUUUAAAAGGCUUGCUCACAAAACCUCUGCAAUUAAAAACUUCUGCCUGCAAAGUUAUCAGCGCUCAAUUUACAUCUGAUAGUUUUAAUCCCUCGCCCGAUGAAAGCUUUCUGUCUAAAAGUUCACCCUGUAUAGGUGUGAAUACAGAGUGUCCUCUUGAGGUUCACACCUCACCCAAAUUAGAUAUUUCAGAGAAAAGCACAGAAACACUAGCGGCAUCACAGAUAACAAGCAAGAGUCGAGCAGAAACCAAAUCACCCGUGUCUGAAGAUGCACUAACAAGUCUUUCAGAUAUCACAAAUGUAUCAUCCUGUGGUACUCUGAACACAGAGUCACGGUCAAAUGGAAAUAUCAGAGACAUGCCAGCAAGUUUCUGUUCAUCUGUCAGCGAGCAAGAGUCUGGAGGUCAUGGAGGAAAAAAGGGGGACGAGAAAUCUGGACUCAAGAGCUCAGACUCAGUGUGCGAGUUGUUGGGAAAAGCGGAAGAUGCCAUCUUGGUACCCGAAGCUGAAUGUAAACCUGAACGGGUGCUGAAUCCAGUGUUUGCUAUGUCUUCCUUUUGGAGUGAGAUGGAGAAGCUGACAAUAAACGACAUUCUGGGUUUGAGAAUGAUCAGCAAAGCUGCUCCACCCAGCUCCCUCCCACCGUUACAGGAAAAAGAGGAGAUGGCAGAUUCAGGCUUUUUCACUCAAAUAGACGAGUCCACACCCGAGCAAACGACCGAGGACGCCUCUGGUUUCCCCGAUGCUGUAGAAUCAUGUUUUAAUCCUAAUAGCGCGGCCAAUUUUUCCCCUUCACGAAGUGUUUUAUGGGAGAGUGAAUCAGCCCACGUGAGCCGAAGUGCUGAUAUUUACCCUGAAAAUGUGAUGCUGACAUCUGUGAGCGACACUUCUCGACCUUUCCUCUCAGAAAAGGCUGAAAAGUCCCUCCGAAAGAUUUCCAAAAAUAUCAGCGUGCACAACUUACGUGCACUCGAGUCUGAGUCAUUUAGCUACACGCAGAAAUGUGAAACUUUACAAACAGUAGAUGAAGGAGAAUCUCAGAAAGCAGAGUAUGUCUUGCCUAAGCAAGACAAAGGCACAGAUCCUCUGCCUUCCUCUCUGACAGACAGUUACAGCAUCUCUCUCAUAGAUAUAUUUCAGUACUUCUUUGGAGGGAAACAAACUGCUCCCAGCCAACCAGCUGCAGAUAACUUAACCACCUUCUACGAUGACGGGAAUUCAGUCCCUGAAACGUAUGAUCAUUUUUUCUCUGAGUUCGACACAGAAAACUUCUUCUAUCCGCUCAUCGCAACUGAAGAUGAGACCAAAGACAAGCCAGUUCCUAUCUUUUCCAGCUCUCGCUCAGCUAACAGAAAAUUCCAGUUCCCGGAAGCUUAUGAUUAUUUCUUUGCCUCAUCAUCCUCAUCUGACGAGUCGGAAUCCGAUGAAGAGGAUAACACCGGUCCUGUCAGGGUAUUUACCAGGUUCAGCCGCAAGGCGAGCUCAUCUCAUAUUUCUAAAGACAUGUAUGAUGAUUUCUUUGCAGAGAACAACCUCAGACAAAACUUCUUCUGGAAAACAACAUUCUCCUUCAGGAACAUAAAUUUUUCAGCAUCUACAGUCCAAAACCAGGCGUCGCACUCUCUGUCUCUCGUACCUGCGAGACAAAGGGGCGGUUCUCAUGCAAGGACAGUUUCUUCUCUGAAUGCACUGGGAAAUGAAGACGUGAUGUUUCCUGAUCCACUGCUCUACCACUUUGAGGACAGGGUAGUCAGCCAACUAGCACAGCAGCCUUUCAGAUACGAAGACCUGCAGACGGCCGUUUCAAAUCCAAGGUUGGAUGCCCCAUUCCUGCCGCUCAAACAGUCAGACAUGUGUCUGGUUUGCAUUGCGUUUGCCUCGUGGGUGCUGAAGACUGCAAAUCCACAAGUCGGAGAUGCUUGGAAGGCUGUUCUGCUGGCCAAUGUAAGUGCCCUGUCAGCCAUUCGAUACCUGCGUAAGUACGUCAAAGCGGAGGCGGCCGGCUGUGAAACGAAACUGCACCGCAGGGCGCUGCCUGCUCCUUCACCUCUCGGCCUCUAAAUAUGUCGAGGCUGAAGUGAUCCAUCUUUUCCAGAAAGUCCGCGGCGGAUUGUUGAAACACGUUUGCACUGUGAUUACUGAUCUUACGUCUCACUGAGCUUUCCAGAGAAAGUGUUUAUUUUAAGAGCAGUUAUUUAACUUGAGUGAAACUUUAACAUCCGAAAGUGUUCAGAAAAAAAAUGAAACGACCAAAGGCAAGAUGAGGCAAGCUCAUCUGACUGAAAGAAGGCUUUAGAAAAAUCAGAUGCAUAAGUAUGUGUGAAGCAAGCUUGGAGGUGAUGAGUGAUAAGUGGAUUAGUGUGAGAGACUGUAGAGAUUGAGGAGAAAUUUACACAAACUUGUUUCCAUUACAUGACUUUUGGUAGCAGAUGCUUCUAUUUAAAUCAACCAAACUUUUAAAAUAUUCUUACUCACAGUUAUUGUAUUUUACAGAUUUGCCACUGUAGCCGCUCCCAUUCAGAAGCAUAAUUUAUUUAAGGGGGACAGCAUUCUGUGCCAGUAUCAGUUAUAUGUAUAUUAUAUAUUAUGUGAAUGGUAUUUUAUGUUAAUGACAGAGAUCUGUAUACUGUUGUCAUAUGUUGCACUGAGCUGUGGAUGUUGAUGAUAAUGGCAGUGAUGCCUUUCAGUUGAACUAAAGUAAACAGUGUAGGUUG